UGCCAGCUGCUACAAAGUAAUAUAGAAGGCGUUCGUGCGCAAUAAGACAUCGACACGUAUACCAUGAAAUCCCCAAAACUUGGUCCCGCGCUUGCCUGCUUUGCAAUUCGUGCAAAAUCGGCGGUGCGGAACAGAUUCGCCGGCCCUUCCGAUCAGGCCGCCCUACUCUCGCCUGCGAUGGCACCGCCACCGAAAUCGACGGCGGUGGAGUCGUCGAGAGUGAGGAGGUACCAUUGAUCUUUUUUCCUCAGCGGUUCGACGGUCUUCGCCGGCACGCGGCCUCCCGCUUCUGCCUCCCCUUCCCUCCGUCGGCGGCCGAUGGGCCUCCACCCAGUCUUCGCCUUUAUUCAGCUGCGACAGCAUCGCAGAUGCCUGCUUACGAUUCGGACGGACGGCCCCCAAGCAGCCGCGUUGGCGCCGGGCGCUCCAUGGCUUGCGGUCGGUCGUCGGCCACGCCAUCAGGGCCAAUGGCAGAUGGUCACCGUAGUUCUGGUAUGAGGUUGUACGCCGUAAUUUGAUGCCUAAUCCUUGGCCAAACUCCAGAAUGCGUUGCCGAGUUGCCGCUUCCCCUGUCCGCUUCAUUUCGGUUCAAGAAAAGCCACACUCGAGCAAAUUCGUGCAAGGGGCCCCUUUGCUUUAUGACGUAAGGGCCCUGUGUAACGCGUCCCUUGAGCUCCCUUGGGGGCCAAAAGUUUCGGAGAGGAAUCUCCAACCUAGGUUAUUCGAUUUAGUAUCCGUCCCUGGGAAUCUCGAGUCCAUCCAUUGCUUUCUGUGCCAAUCCGUGGAGUUUGUGAAGUCACAGGACUUGUACGACCGAUGAGGCUCGAUCCUCAUCUUUUCAGCCUGGAGGCCUGCGAUCUUGAAGCAGGGAAUUAUCUGAAAAUUCGGGUUUGUUUCGAUGUCCCAGGGGUCAACCAAGCUCCAGGUGUGCUAAUUGGUAUCUAAUGUUCUAAGGUUUGAUUCAGGUUUUAUGGGUCAUUCUUGGUCUUUGUUGUUUGAAACUCGGUUGAAAGUUUGGAUCUUUGCCGGUCAAAUGGGCAGGAGAGAAUGGAUCUUUGCUAUUCAAGCUGAUCUCAUAUAGACAUUUGGAGGAUGGUAUUUGUGGCUCAAGGGACUGGACCGUGUGGUUAGAGAUUCGAUCUCAAGAUGCACUUUUAGAUUACAAGGAGAUUUUGAAACAUUGACAGACAGCCUGGUUGAACCAACAUGGAUGGAUUUACACCAUUGCAGGGUGGAGACAAGAGUCCAGAGUCAGACGAUCUCAUUGGCCACUCGGCCUUGAUGAAUAUUGAUACUUUUACUGAGUUGUGCAACCCUUCAAUCGCUGAUCAGUUAUUUGUGCAAUUCAGUUACUCCAGUCGGUCAAAUUCUCAACCACAAACCAUGGAAGUGGCAGUUGGAAUGAGCAAAGCUUCAAAUAGCACGGUCGGUGUUCAUUCUAGCAUUGGAGGCAAUUCAGCAGCCCAAAGGAAUAUUUUGCAGUCCCAGGUUAUCUCAGAUCCUCUGCACGUUGACAUGACUGGAAAAAUUGCAUCCAGCAGCUCUUUCCCUCCAUGUGAUGUCCCUGAGGCUGAUGAGACUGAGAAUGUGAUCCCUAGACCAACUGUAGGUGCUUCUCUUGCUGAAAAGUUACUGAAGGCGCUGUCCUUGUUUAAGGAAUCGGCUGGAGGUGGUAUACUUGCCCAAGCUUGGUUGCCUCUCAAACAAGGCAAUGAAUAUGUACUAAGCACCUCUUAUCAGCCCUAUCUACUUGACCAAGUUCUUGCAGGAUAUCGGGAAGCCUCAAGGCUGUUCACUUUCUCUGUAAGAGAAGCACCUGGGUCAGUCCUUGGGCUUCCUGGUCGUGUAUUCAUAUCUAAGAUGCCAGAGUGGACAUCAAACAUUUUAUACUAUAAUCGGCUAGAGUACUUGCGAGUGGAUCAUGCACUCAACUAUAAAGUCCAAGGAACCCUUGCAUUGCCAAUUUUUUGUCCCAAUGAGCAUUCAUGUUGUGCAGUCCUUGAGCUUGUCACAAAGAAGGAGAAGCCCGAUUUUGACAUAGAAGUUGCCAGUGUUUGCAAUGCCUUGCAGGUAAAAGUUCUACUUAUUGUUAAUCUGCAGGCUGUGAAUCUGAAGACCAUCAAAGCACAUCCUACACAACAGUCUCUUCAAACUAGUCAGGAGUCUGCCUUCACAGAAAUUUUAAAUGUCUUGAGAGCUGUCUGUCAUGCACACAUGUUGCCUUUGGCACUUACAUGGAUACCUUUUAGCUAUUUUGAUCAGGUUAUGGAUGAAAAUACAAAAAAUGGUAAUAAGGAGGAAAGUUUUAUUUUAAAGAAGGAAACCAUGCUCUGUAUCCGCGAGUCAGCUUGUUAUGUCAAUGAUCAACGAAUGCUGGGCUUUUUACAUGCUUGUUCAGAGAACUACCUUCAAAAAGAGCAGGGUAUUGUAGGAAAAGCAAUUCUAUCAUAUCAACCUAUUUUCUUUUCUGACAUAAAAGCAUUUGAUGUCCACCAUUAUCCACUCGCACAUCAUGCCCGCAAGUUUGGGCUGCAUGCUGCUGUUGCAAUCAGGCUGAGGAGUACUUACACUGGAAAUGACGAUUACAUACUAGAGUUCUUUCUUCCAGUCAAUUGCAGAGGUAGUGACGAACAACAGCUUUUGUUAAACAACCUCUCAGUUACAUUGCAGAGGAUCUGUAGAAGCUUGAGAACCAUUUCAGACGCUGACGUAGCUGGCUAUGAUGCCUCUGGAAUCAGGAUAGAUAGAUCAGGAAUAGAUCUCAGUUCAACAAAUUCCUCUGAGAAAAAUAGUCAAGCAAGACAUGGUGAACAAAAUUCUGCCAGCUCACUCUCUGAUGUCCAAAAUAUGGGGCCUGAUAACCAAAGAGAGGGUUGUCAUCUUGGUCAGAUAAAUUGUGGUUCAAAAAGGCAGCCAAGGAAAUCAAGCAGGAAACUGCAAAAGAAUGUUAGCUUGAGUGAUCUUCAGCAAUACUAUUCUGGAACACUAAAGGAUGCUGCAAAAAGCAUUGGUGUUUGUCCAACAACACUGAAAAGGAUAUGCAGGGAGAAUGGAAUUUCAAGGUGGCCAUCUCGUAAGAUAAAGAAAGUCAAUCAUUCAGUGCAGAAGAUCCAGAGUGUGAUAAAUUCUGCACCAGGAAUUCUGGAAAAGUUAAGGUAUGAUCCCACCACCGGGAGUCUUGUUACAGAAGUCUCCUCACCAGAAAUAGAAAUAUCUUCAGCAUCAGCAGGUCAGGGAGUAUUGCCCAUGUAUUCCAUUAAAAGAUUUGAAAACAAGCAGUUUGAAGGGACAUCAGAAGUGGCGAAAUGCUUGAUUGGUGAUAGCCAGCAUAUGGAGAGUUCAGGUCAACUGAAAUUUCUUCGUGGUGAACAAGAGAAAGCCCAUGUUGCUUCACUUGAUCGCUACAAUGAAUAUAAGCAUACUUUGGUUGGAGGAGUGUCCAAUCUUGCUGAAGUGAGAUGUCAUCGAGAUGGUUCUAUCAAAGGUGAUAUACAUUCAGAGAGUCUUGAGUGUCACAAGGUGUCAAGGUGCCUAUUCUCAAAACUAGCAAUGGAAGAGAUGCAGACAGAAACUGGUGCAUGUGAUCAGAACGCAAAAGAUAAUAGUAGCUUCGGACAUAGAAAUCCUUGUUCCAACAGGCCAGUCUCAUCCAGUGGUAGCUCAUCAAGUGAACAAACUGCCAAAAAGAGUGUAGAAACUGAUUUGAUGCCUGUUGACACCAGUAAGUUGCCGGUUAAUGGUGGCUCUGCCAUUUGUGUGAAGGCUACAUAUAAAGAGGAUUUGGUGCGGUUCAAGUUCUAUCCGUUCAUGGGUUGCAAUCAAUUGUUUGAGGAAAUAGGAAAGCGAUUCAACUUGUCAAUUGGGACAUUCCAGCUCAAGUACAAAGAUGACGAAGAAGAGUGGGUCAUGUUGGUGACCGACUCUGAUCUGCAAGAGUGCAUUGAAAUGCUGGAGUCAUUAGAAUCCCAAAGUGUGAGGCUUCUAGUUCAAGAUAUUCCUAGUGCUGUUGGCAGCUCAGGCAGUAGCAACAGUUUGUUUCUGAAGUCUUGAAAGAUGCCACUGGCAUUUGAUAAAACCAUCUGCAAUAGCCAAUUGCAAAUGCCCAUACUAGUCUUUAGAGCAAAAGAAAUCUGGUGUCUUAUGGGCAGUGGUCAAAAUUGUCGUUCCCAAUUAUCGAGGAAGUCUCUCGAUUCCCUCUGCACUUUUGAUUAAUCUUUACAUAGCUCUCUCUCUCUCUCUCUCUCUCUCGCAAUUGGUUGUUUUCACAAAGAACUUCCUAGCCGCCUUGUACUUCAGCAUUAUCUUCUAAUAUGUUAUUUAAGAUGUGCCUUCUACUUCAGAUACAUUUAAUGUUAAUGUUGUUAUUGGAUA